ACCAUUCAGUGACCCGUCAUGCCAUGUGAAUGGGGGCAUUGUCAUCCUGCAAGACACCACUCCCAACAGUAUAGAAAGACCGAAACCAGGCCAGGAAAAUUCUCACUGUCAGGGGGGUCAGGCCUGUACCAUUCUCUUGGUGUACACCACACAUGCACUCACCCUUUUGUCGAGAGCAAGCUUAAUUCAUCAUCAGUUUGUGUGGACAAUAUCUCAUAUGAACAAAUCUACUUUCAGCAAGAUUGAAGAAAACAGAGACAACAAGACACUGUCAACAGAGAAAGGACGUGCCGCUAUCGUUUUCUCCUUGAAAAAUGAAGUUGGUGGGCUGGUUAAAGCUCUGAAACUUUUUCAGGAGAAUCACGUCAAUCUUGUUCACAUUGAGUCCCGGAAAUCAAAGAGGCGUAACUCAGAAUUUGAGAUCUUUGUGGACUGCGACAGCAACCACGAGCAGCUGAACGAAAUCAUUCAGCUGCUUCAGAAGCACGUGAACAUAGUUGACAUGGAUCCACCUGACAACUCCUGUCUGUCUGAGGAAGAUAUGGACAAUGUGCCCUGGUUCCCAAAGAAGAUUUCUGAUUUGGACAAGUGUGCCAAUCGUGUCCUGAUGUAUGGGUCGGACUUGGAUGCUGAUCACCCGGGUUUUAAGGACAAUGUAUACCGCAAGAGGAGAAAGCAUUUCGCUGAUCUGGCCAUGAGCUACAAACAUGGGGACCCCAUCCCUCGCAUUGAGUUCACCGAGGAGGAGGUGAAGACAUGGGGUGUGGUGUUCAGGGAGCUAAACAAGCUUUACCCCACCCAUGCCUGUCGAGAGUACCUGAAGAACUUGCCGUUACUUACCCAAUAUUGUGACUGCCGUGAGGAUAACAUUCCUCAACUGGAAGAUGUUUCACGUUUCCUCAGGGAGCGUACAGGUUUUACUAUCCGGCCAGUGGCAGGCUAUCUUUCCCCUCGUGACUUCCUUGCAGGCCUGGCAUUUCGGGUUUUCCACUGUACCCAGUAUGUUCGUCACAGCUCAGACCCCCUCUACACACCCGAGCCGGAUACUUGUCAUGAGCUGCUGGGCCAUGUUCCUCUGCUGGCGGAGCCCAGCUUUGCCCAGUUCUCCCAGGAGAUCGGCCUGGCUUCACUUGGGGCAUCUGAUGACUCCGUACAGAAGCUGGCCACGUGCUACUUUUUUACAGUGGAGUUUGGACUGUGUAAACAGGAAGGGAAGCUGCGUGCAUACGGAGCCGGUUUGCUGUCCUCUAUCAGUGAACUCAAGCAUGCCCUCUCUGGGAACGCCAAAAUCUUGCCUUUUGAUCCCACAAUCACAUCUAAACAGGAGUGUAUAAUCACCACCUUCCAGGAUGUCUAUUUUGUGUCAGACAGCUUUGAAGAGGCCAAAGUCAAGAUGAGGGAGUUUGCCAAGACCAUCAAAAGGCCAUUUACCGUGCGCUACAACCCUUACACCCAGAGUGUGGAUGUUCUGAAGGACACACCCAGCAUUAACAGUGUGGUGGAAGAGCUGCGUCAUGAGCUGGACAUUGUGGGUGAUGCACUCAACCGACUUAACAAGCAGCUUGGUGUCUAAGUCUGCUAACCUUACCCUAUGACCCAUUAACUGCACUCUCUAUCAGUCACAAAAGUAUAGUACUAAAAACCAUAGGUUUAAGAUUAUUUAGUUAUGACAAAACAUUCAGCCUAAUGUGCUUUUCAAGUUUCUGUUAAAGACUUGAGCCUGAAUGAACAGUAUAUUGAAGUUGUUAAUAUUACUGCUUUAACUCAUGAACCUAUUUAAAAAUGCUUAUUUUAAGAUAAAACCAGUCACAAUUGCCUGUUGUUAACCUCAUGUUCUGUUGUAAUUAACUUCUGCUGAAACAGUUUUAUUCUGGCAUAAUUGUGGGAGUUAAAAAUAGUGAUUAUAAGCUUACCAUAAGAAGGAGAAACCUAUGAAUUCACAUCCAGCAUAUUCACAUAUUUUCAAUAUAUGACCCAGUAGUGCCUUGCUAUUGUCUCUCUCUGUGGUCGCAUGAUAAAGGGGAAGGUGCCAACAGUAUCUGCUAAAGACCUAAAUAAUGUUGUUUCAGAAUGGAUAUUAAACGGUAAUAUCUCAGGAUUGACAGAAAAAGUGUAAUAUUUGGUGGGCCAGUACCUCAGAGAGGCUAAAGCAAGGCUGUGCUGGUUUGUACAGUUUGUGAAAUUAUUCAUCAAUCAUUUAAUAGAAGAAAUGAUAUUAGAUUCAGUGGUCUUUGGGCUUCACAUGCAUGUACAAAAUGUAAUGUAAAUUAGCUUUGACAGUCAACAAUUUGGAAUUUGUAUGCCAAUUGUUAACAUAUUUCCUAUUUUUCUACAUUGAAAAUGAUUUGAUUUACACUCUCGGCAUCAACUUAAAUGUUCUUUUUUGUUUUAAAGUAAAAACAUUAAAAAGGAGAAUAUCCUACUUGUGCCUCUACUUAGAGGUUGUUUUCCUUUCAUUGGUGUUGACAGACCUUUCUAUAGUGUAACCACUGUACCGUUCAAUGCACAUAUUAUUUUAGAAAUGAACAGCUGUCAACUUGAUUGUCAUAUUAAAGUGUUGAUAGCUGGAUGAAAGGGGGCUCAUUUGUAUUUAUCUUACUUUCAGCAAGCAGUUUCAUUACAGUCUGUAUUUCCAUAUUGCACAUUAAAGGGAUGUUAUCGCUUUCUAAAGCUUGAACAUGAAAAAAUACUUCAGAUGGCUUGUAUUGUAUUGUAAUGUGCAAAUUUUUUGUGGAAGAGUUUUUUUUUUUGUUCAUUCUCAGUUUACCUUUUGUCUUUUUAGCUCUGGACAAAGGAGUGCAACUAAAAUUGUAACUUUGGACAAAAGCAUUACAAUUGCACUGCAUAAUCAUUAUUGGGAAAUGGUGAUAUUUACUAUAUGUGCUGAAAAAUGUUGUUCUUCACUCUCAUAAUAGACUUAUCUUUUGAAAAGCUAGAAAAAAAUCCAAAUUCAGGAGCCCUGACCAUUGUUAUUGAACAUUUACUUACAUCAGUUAUGUAAUUUCUUUAUGCUUAUCUGCUAUUCCCUAUUCUAAAAACAUUCAGGUAGCUUUUUCAUUUUUACUUGGAAAAGUCCUCAGAAAUGUAGUUCUAGUCCUAUUUAAAAUAUUUAAAUUGUGCUUUGUUGAAAAUAAUAUGUCGUUGGAUGGUAGUCCUAAUAUUUCUGCAUUUGUUUGGAUUACUGAGUUGCAGUGUAUUUUUUAUUUUAGUUUUCCUUCCAAAUGUUAUGUAUAAUCUUAUUAUAUAGUUUUUAAAUAAAGUCUGUAUAAUGUCCAA